UCCAAAUGGGUGGAGAGGCAAGGCGAGGCAAAACUGAAGACGACGUGACGAGGACGACUGACAAAAGAAACAUCGCGUUUUUCUUUUCAAAUGUGCUGCUGCGAAAAUAAUAAAGUUUUAAUUUUUCCUACAAAAUACCCGUUUUCUGAGCCAGAACUGACGUGAGCCAGACUCAGUGAAAAAAAAAACGAUAGGGAAGUGAAUAAAAAAAAACCAACGUGAAGAAGACACGACGUACGAUUAGAGCGCAAUAUACCAACAUCUUGGAAGUUCCAGGUGGAGAGUGAUGAGUGUGGAUACUUACGAUGGAGUGGUCAGUUCCCAAACGUUGACGUUCCUUGAUACGGAAGAAAAUGACCUCAUCGGAGCGGAUACGCAGGGAACGGAUUAUGAUUUCCGUGACUUUACCAUUCCGUCGCAGAGCCAAACACUGGCCUCGCAGUUUGACCAUUUGGGUGGUGGAGCAGCAAGCCAGCUGAACGGAUUUGGUCGUCGUCUAGGAGCCUCGGACCAGGUGAAAGUAGCCGGCAUAACAUCGGCCAUCGGUGAGUUGCAGUUCGAGGAAGACGAAGAUGAUCCGGUGGUGCAGAAUCGCGAGUUGCCGCCGCAUGCCUGUCGCUAUUGCGGCAUCCACGAACCCAGCACGGUCGUCAUGUGCAACAUCUGCAAGAAGUGGUUCUGCAAUGGACGCGGCAGCACAUCGGGAUCGCACAUCGUGAAUCACCUGGUAAGGGCGAAGCAUCGCGAGGUAACGCUGCAUGGUGAUGGUCCCCUCGGGGAGACGGUUCUCGAAUGUUACUCGUGUGGCGUGAAGAAUGUGUUCGUGUUGGGAUUCAUUCCGGCCAAGGCUGAUUCGGUUGUGGUUCUUCUGUGCAGACAACCUUGUGCUGCUCAAAAUUCCAUCAAGGACAUGAACUGGGACCAAGAACAGUGGAAGCCGUUGAUCGCUGAUCGCUGUUUUCUGUUCUGGUUGGUUAAGGUUCCGAAUGAGCAGGAACAGCUGCGAGCUAGACAGGUUUCGGCUGCCCAGAUCAACAAGUUGGAAGAACUGUGGAAGGAAAAUGUGGAUGCAACGUUCCAGGAUUUGGAAAAGCCGGGAAUCGAUAAGGAGCCGGCCCAGGUUUUGUUCCGCUAUGUAGAUGGAUAUCAAUAUCAGAACAUUUUUGGACCCCUUGUGAAGCUGGAAGCGGACCACGACAAGCGCUUGAAGGAAAGUCAGACGCAGGAAAAUAUAGAAAUUCGUUGGGACACGGGAUUGAAUAGAAAGACAAUUGCUUAUUUUACUCUUGCUAAAAACGAUGGCGAUAUGAAGCUGAUGCACGGAGACGAACUACGUUUGAGAUACACCGGGGAGUUGCAUAAGCCGUGGAGCUGUGUUGGUCAUGUUAUCAAGGUACCGGACAAUUACGGGGAAGAUGUUGGUUUGGAGUUGAAGCACAAUCAUCAGGCUCCAAUUGAGUGCACUUCCAAUUUUGCGGUUGAUUUCAUCUGGAAGGGAACAUCUUUUGACCGAAUGCAAAUGGCGUUGCGUAAAUUUGCCGUAGAUGAUAACAGCGUUUCGAACUAUAUCUAUUCAAGAUUGCUCGGCCAUGGUAGACCGGAUGGAUCGGAUGAUGUCACAUUUAGAGUUAACAAUUUGCCGAAGCACUUUAGCGCACCGAACCUACCGGAUCUGAAUCGCUCUCAGGUGUACGCAGUGAAGCAUGCCCUUCAACGCCCUUUAAGUUUGAUUCAAGGACCGCCUGGAACUGGUAAAACGGUCACUUCUGCAACGAUUGUCUACCAGUUGGUUCGUUUGAAUGGUGGACCGGUUUUGGUGUGUGCUCCAAGUAACACAGCAGUUGACCAACUGACAGAGAAAAUCCAUCGUACCAGUCUGAAGGUAGUUAGAGUCUGUGCAAAGUCUCGUGAAGCUAUCGAAUCACCCGUCAGUUUUUUGGCGCUGCAUAAUCAGAUCCGCAAUAUGGAACAGAAUAGUGAUCUGAAGAAGUUGCAACAGCUGAAGGACGAGACUGGAGAGCUGAGUUCUUCCGAUGAAAAACGUUAUCGUACAUUGAAGAAGCAAGCUGAACGCGAACUUCUGGAGGCGGCAGAUGUUAUAUGUUGCACUUGCGUCGGAGCAGGUGAUCCACGUUUGCAACGCAUCAAAUUCAGUUCUAUUCUAAUUGAUGAAUCGAUGCAAUCUACGGAACCCGAAUGUAUGGUUCCGGUAGUGCUCGGAGCCAAGCAAUUGAUCCUAGUCGGAGACCAUUGCCAACUUGGUCCUGUUGUUAUGUGCAAGAAGGCUGCGAAGGCCGGAUUAUCGCAAAGUUUGUUCGAACGUUUGGUCGUAUUGGGGAUUCGUCCAUUCCGCUUGGAAGUACAAUACCGCAUGCAUCCGGAGCUGUCGCAGUUUCCAUCGAAUUUCUUCUACGAAGGAAGCCUGCAAAACGGAGUAUGUGCCGAAGAACGAAAGCUGAAGGUUGAUUUCCCAUGGCCCUCGCCGGAUACACCGAUGUUCUUUUUAGUAACCCAAGGACAGGAAGAAAUAGCUGGAUCAGGAACAUCCUAUUUGAAUCGCACGGAAGCAUCCAACGUAGAAAAAAUAACGACGCGGUUUUUGAAAGCUGGAGUAAAGCCUGAUCAGAUCGGUAUCAUUACACCAUAUGAGGGCCAGCGAGCUUACUUGGUACAGUACAUGCAAUAUCAAGGAUCUCUGCAUUCUAAGCUGUAUCAAGAGAUUGAAAUUGCUAGCGUGGACGCGUUUCAAGGACGAGAGAAGGACAUCAUCAUCAUGUCAUGUGUACGAUCGAAUGAACACCAAGGCAUCGGCUUUCUCAACGACCCACGGCGUCUCAAUGUAGCCUUGACACGCGCCAAGUAUGGAAUCAUCAUCGUAGGAAACCCGAAGGUACUGUCCAAACAGCAAUUGUGGAAUCAUUUACUGAAUUUUUACAAGGACAAAAAAGUUCUAGUGGAAGGAUCCUUGAAUAACCUUAAGGAAUCAAUGAUUCAGUUUACUAAACCGAAAAAGAUUGUCAACACUUUAAAUCCCGGAUCGCACUUUAUGAACAAUAUUAUGUACGACGCCAAGGAAGCUGGCUACUUCGAACGAGGCCACGGUUCAGGAUUUUCCGGCAGUUCUUUUGGCAAUCCAGGUCCAAUUGGUAGCAUGAUGAAUGGACCUAGGAAUCAACCUUUGGAUAUGUUUUCAAGAACUCACGAUCCUAUAAGCUACAUCUCGCCGGAUCGUGUCCAGGCUGCCAUGAACAAUGUACCCAUCCCAGUAGGAAUGUUCAUGAACAUGCCGAACGUUCAACCGCGCUAUUUCCAGCAGCAGCAAGCAGUUCAAGCAGCAAAACAAGCACGUCGCACCAAACCAGGAGUUAUCGGAAGCAAACCAAAACCGCGUCCCAUCGGUCCACCUUCCAGUCAAAUCAACACCUCUGGAGCAAUUGGAACUGGUUCACUGACCCAAGGCAUGUCGCAAAACAUGUCACAGCCUGGAUUCAGCCUUUCGCAACAACCGGAUUUCUCGCAGGACUACAUGGCCGAAUAUCAGUCCCAAGUAGAUGGGCUUUUGUCGCAAGAGUCCACCUUUGGACCCAGCCAAUCUGCAGUUGAGCGUUUGGCAUUUGACCUUCCGCCGAAUCAGUUUUCACAACCGUAUUGAUAAAGGGACCAGUUGAACCAAAAUGGCGUAAUGUCCGUGCAGGUUAUUCUGAAAAAAGCAACAAGAGCAGCAGCAACAGCCAACAGCAAAAUCUACGUCUACGCCAAGUCACCAAUUCGCAGUUAUACCGAGUAAUGAAUAAAAAUUCGCAGCAUGGUAAGAGGUGAGACCUAUUACGGAACACGGCAUUAGGAGGGGGUAGGAAGCCUUUCUUGGUGAGUAUCCUAAUGUUAGGUCCCACGCCACAUUCGUCGUCGUCGUUAUCGUCGUCUUGUCGCAUCGGAAGGAAAGGCGGAGAGGAAUCUGGGAAAAGAAGAACGACUCUCAUGCAAGAAGAAGCAGCAGUCACUAACUGGAGCAAUUUCCCUGGAACCAUCACCAGCAACAGCAGCAUCGGUACCUGGCAGUAGAACUCAUUUCCUGAGAGAGGACGAUAGAGAAUCUAGUGCCACCGAAGUUCUAUCGGCGUUGUUCGCUGUCCAACAGGUGGGAAUUCCAGUUUCUGACCCCUGUUGGGUAGGGGAUUCCAUUGAACAGCUGAACAGGUUUGGGAGACAUGUUCCUGCAAUGAAUGAGUCAAGUUCUUCGAAGAAUUCAUAAAUUCCUAUUCUAUUGAAUCGCGAACUCCAUCAGUUCUGUAUCCUUGAGUUUCACAGACAGAUUAUUUUUUAUUCUUUUUCGGUUAUACUUUCUUGUUCGUUCACUGGCAAAAAAAUUGUGCGUCGAUCGUGACCCAGUUUCCUGGUUUCUUCAUCAAAAAGGAAUAACUAUCGCAACCUUUUGUCAGUGUAAUAAACUUUCGUUUUUUUGUUCGGCGAAUUGUUAUAUUUUUAUAUGACUCUAAUACAACAACUACAACAUCAACUGGUUUGUUACGCAACUUUUGUUUACGCAAGCCCAGAGUACGAUUUAAAUUAAAUUCUAAUAGAUCACACAAACACUAGAAAUUGCUGGAAAAGGGACGUACCUGCUAUGAAAACCCAAAAAUAAAUGAUUCCAAUUCAUCCGGUCAAACAGUUUUUUUUUUCGACAGAGUUCUCAAAUGGUAAGGAUCAAUUGAAGAUUUUAAAUCAAAACAUUUUCUUGAAAGUGAAUUACAGUUGGGUACUACCUUUUUCCAAAUAAACAGUUUUGUUCGGCAAA